AAGCUUGUGACCUGCGCGACCUCCUUUCACCAUCUGACGGUCACUUUGAGAAGCCAAGCCCAUUUGAGACUCGGCCGAGCUAGAAGUCACAAAGGUAGUGCUCGACUGAGCCAAGUACAUAAGCAGAACGGGCCCAGCCAUACUUUGCUGCCUACCUGAAUCUCUGGCGUAAUCGAUCACACAACAUUCUCAACCUACAACGCACAUCGAGAUGGACAAGCUUUCCGGAUUCGACCUCGAUCAAAUUGCCGAGCACUCGGCAUCUACGAACGGAUCAAGAGAAGAUGCUUUGAAAAAGGCAGAUGCCGGUCUUGCGAGACACGAUUCGGUAGAAACGCUGGGUCACAGUCCGCCUUCCGGUACCGCACGUCGACAAUCUCAUACCGGCUCGACCCGACCUCACGUCUCACAACCUACGAAUCGCAUCGUGUCCGGGGGCAAAGAUGGUCUUAAACCAGGGCGAAAUAACCUGAUGCAAGGUCUCGUCAGUCCCCCAAUCUCCUCGGCAGGUCGACAACCGCACAAUUCGUUGUUGGACGCGGUCGUCGGCAAGUCAAACGUACCGAGAAAACAGAAACCGGUAGGAUUCAAGGACAAGUUGAAGAAGGAGGAAGGGGGGAUCGUGAAGCGUCGUAGCGGGGCAGUCUUGGCUAGGGGUUUCAUCCUCAAAACAGAUCACUACCCCACAGGCCGCGCUCUCGACCUGGACUUCCAUCUCGCUGACGCGCCCAACUGGCGUUCCCCACGCGAAGAGUCGCUGAACGUCUACGGGGUUGCCCAGCCGACCCUGUCCGGGGUCAAGUCAGUUCUGUCACUACUGGGGUGUCGACCUGAAGAGAUCUCUAUGCCCGAUCUCGGUCGACGGGAUAGCAACUUGAACGGUAAUGGGUCAUUUGCGGAUCGGAGAGGGUCGAUGGACCCGACAGAGAGACCACGAAAGCCUAGCUCUGCUGUAUGGCUUUGUCUGCGAGAAGAACCAAUCAUCUUGAUCAACACGAAACCCUUUGUCCUGCGUGAUUGGGCUGCGGCGAAGACCACUCUGACCUUGUCGGACAGAGCAGAGAACCUGGAACAGAUCGAAUUGAAGCUGAAAGAAGACAUUCUCAGAGAGUCGAGAAAGAACGGAGGUCUGAUUUUGACCCAUGACGAGCUUGAAAACGGGGACUUGAUUCCGACCUGGACCUCGGUGGACGCCGGUAGCGUCUACACUCUCAGAGAAUCCUUCAACCGUUUGCAAGACGAGGGCUGGACUGUGCUGUAUUACCGGACGCCCAUUUCGGCUGACAGACCGAUUGAGGACAACUACCUCGACGCAUACGUAUCUGUCCUUCAAGAAAUCGACCCCCUUAACACCUGUCUCGUCUUCAACGACGGUCUCGGAGCGACUCGUGCUACUUACGCCAUGAUCGCGGCUCUGAUCGUUAGGAGGAAACAGUACAUGUCGCGAGAUCUGGAUGAGCCGUUUUCGAGACACGGAUCAGGGAUAUCUACGCCUGUGCCUGGUCUUCAGGCGAAUCAGUUCUUCAAGCAAGCGGCUCAGAGUCAGGCUCAGAGUGCGACGUUGCUGAAGCUGACGAGACUGAUCAGCAAGACGUUGGAAAACGUUUCUGAUGCAAAGACGGCGGCCACGGCGACAGACCUGCUCGUGACCCAUCCUACACUCCUUGAAUCGCUCAGAAACGCAUACAUGGGAAAUUACCAGGUCAUCCUGUCUCUCCUCUCCUCGAUCGAUCAAGGUCGUGAGCGAAAGAGCCUAGUGGAUACCCUCAUCGAGAACUGCGAUCAGGUCAUCAACCUGCGCGAGGUCAUCUUGGAGGCGAGGCUGCAGUAUUCCAUUUCUGGAGUGGACGAAAAAACGAGGGUUGUCUGGCUUGAUCGGGCAGUGCAAGCGCUCGAGCGAUACUUCUUCUUGAUCGCGUUCGCUAGCUACAUCGAGGAGGAGGAUGCGGGAGGAACCGGCAGGAAAUUUUCAGAAUGGCUACUAGACCGGCCAGAAAUCUGGAACCAUAUUAGAGCCUUGAGAAGACGAGGAGGAAGUCGACUAUUCGUGUUCAGCCCCAUCAAUGACCUAUCGCUGCUGUCAAGAGUAGUUCUUCCGCAUCAGCACGUUCUCGACAUCAAAGGCAAAGAGAGCAAGCCCAAAGGAGAGGUGGACCAGUACGAGAACCGUGUGCUUGGCGACGAGUGGUCGCAAUACACCAUCGCAAAUCGAAGCGGGAUCAUCUUGCGAGCAGGGACACUGCUCAAAUCGGAUCAAUGGCAGACGGAUGCGGCCAUCUCCAGCGAACACAUCACAGGCGCUGUCGGCUUCCGACACAUUCCAUCUUCCAAUUUGUUCGCUUUAGGUUCGUCACAUGCCGAUUCCGUACGCCCUAUACUGGAGAGGGUACGAACGGUUCUGGUCAAUGUCAAAAAGAUUCUCUGGAUCAAUCUUAGAGAAGAGCCGAUCGUCAUGAUCAACUCUGACCCUUACUGCCUGAGGAGGGAAACGAUGUCGCUGAGAAAUCUCAAGGACUAUUCUGGCGUUUCGCCAAGCCGCUUGGAAAUCUUUGACGAGCGAUUAGCAUCUGACGUUAUUGCGGAAUUGCGGACCUUCGAUGGCAAGCUUCUGCUGCAUGAAGAAUCAGAAGACGGCUAUGUCAGGCCCACCUGGGAGGAUGUGCGACAGAAGGAGGUACAAACCUUGCGACAAGUCAUGGAUGCUGUUCGACAACACACCGACGAUGUUGAAUUGCAAUACAUCCGAUUGCCGAUCACCUCGCGUUCCGUCAUCGAGUUCGACGAUAUUCAGUCACUGAUACAGAUCUGCCUUAGGGGAGAUCUCGAGAAAGAUACUGCCGUCAUUCUCAACGAUCAGCUGGGUCGAGGAAGAUCUACCGUCAUCAGCGUGAUCAUGAAUCUCAUCAUCCGCUGGAUCAAGCGUACACGCGAGACUGGGCCGUCGAUGCCCACCAGAACACCCAGACUUCGACCUCGACCCAAUAGUAGAAGCAGUUGGCAGAUCGUCAACAGCUGUCUUCGUUGCCUCAGACAUAGUGGACUUGAAGUGAAACGCGAAGUCGACGAUGUGAUUGAUCAGUGCGGAGAAGCCUACAACCUUCGCGAAGUCAUUGAAGACCUGUACAAGCAAGCCGAUGCUGCCGACAACGAAAAGGCUAAGAAGUAUCUCAUCAAGCAAUGCAAGACAGCUUUGAAGAUAUACUUGGAGAUGCUCCAAUUCCAAGCCUAUCUGGCCGAAGUCGAUCUCGAUGCUGCUACGGAAAAGGUAAACUUCCAGCAGUGGACGGCCGCUCAGCCUGUCUUCGCGACAUUCGACGAGGAGAUCCAGCAUGGCAGCCUGGAGAUCCUGAUGCCGAUCCCAACUCUCGACACGCUUGAUGGUCCGGCGUCGCUAGACGAAGCGGAACGCUUUGUUCUGAGUCGACAUGGCUCCAUCCUCUCAAGCGGUACAAUCAUCAAAUCGGAUCUCUUCCUAGGCCUGCAGAAACAAAGCUUGCCCGAGCGUAUCGACGGCGCAGCAAAUUUCAGGGAGGUGCCUCUGCUUAUACCCGCGUCAGGUCAAGCGCCAAGCAAACGUCGGCUUUACGGAACUGGUAUGCCUACCGCUGCUGGUCUGAGGAAAGCUUUGACUCGCAUGGAAGCUCAGCCUCAAGGGCCUCGUCACGUCGUCUGGACCUCGCUACGGGAAGAACCGGUGCUUUACGUGGCUGGCAUUCCGUAUGUGCUGCGACUCGCAGACAAGCCGAUCACCAAUAUCGAAGCUCAAGGCGUCGAGAACACCGUGGUCGAGGAACAGGAAAAGAAAUUCAAGCAAGACGUUCUUACCGAGAUCGCUGAGACGGGAAGGAUUCUGCUACAUGACGAGAUCGAAACCACGCCGGGUUCAUUUGAAGUCGUGCCAAUCUACGAGACGGUACAGGAUCAUGAAGUCAUGACCCCUCGAGAGUUGUACGAACAAGUACAAAGCGAGGGAUUCAACGUCGAGUAUCAACGAUACUGCGUCACCGACGAACGCAGUCCCAUCCCAGCCGUCUUCGCUUUGCUCAUCGGUGCCACACAGACGCACCUGAAAGAGAGAGAUACCGACUUUGUCUUCAAUUGUCAGAUGGGUCGAGGAAGAACUACUACUGGGAUGAUUGUUUCUUCCAUCAUUGCGUCGGUGGAACGGGCCAAAGAACCGUUGCAGAUGGCUCUGGAGCAGGACCACAGUGACGAGCAAAUGACAUCGAGCGUGAGCUUCGAUGACAUCUCCGAAGAAACCAUCUAUAAGCGAGGGGAAUAUAAGAUGGUGUUGCAACUGGUUUCGGUCCUGCUUCAUGGCAGAGAAGCCAAGCUGAUCGCGGACAGGGCGGCUGACGUUAUUUCGGGCGUGCAGAAUCUGCGCGAAGCGGUCUAUGACUACAAGCUCAAAGUUGACAGCAUGCCCGAUGGACCCAAGCGUACGGCAACUUUGCGCCUAGGUCUGAACUAUCUCUACCGUUACGCCAUGCUCAUCGUUCUGGCCGAGUAUCUGUUGGAGGACAAAGAAAGCCAGCAACCAUCCUUCAGCGAUUGGUUCGAGCAGAAACGAGAAGUCUCGCGCAUCCUUUCGAGACAGACCCUGGAUUGAUAGGGUAUCAAUU